CAGACAGACGAGUCUUUGAAUAUUUAGUGACUCCAGUGUGUAACGUGGUAUGAAUUUAAGAUUUCUCUUGUGUGUCGGUACAGAGAUGCAGACGGAGCGUGCAAAGAGGAUGGACUCUGCAGGAGAAGAAGCGUCCCUGAAUUCACCUGAGCUGCCCUGGAACCAGCUCUAUUUGAAGAGAAGGACUGAGUCCAGGAUCCAGUUAAGGAGGAGAGUGUGCUUCACUGGCCCUGCUGCUGCUGCUGCUGUUACCGGGGUAUUGGCAAUCCUCAUACUGGCUGCUGACAGUGUGAGCAGUGACAGAGAGUUUGUGAAAGUCUCGAGCUCAGUGAAGUGUACUGAGGGGCAGGACUGUAUCCUGAGCUGCACCUUCUACUACACAGCCUGGGAUGAGACGUCAGAUGUGAUCUGGAGAAGAGCAGAAACGGACCACAUUGUUCACAGUUACUAUAAGAAUACAGACCAUCUUGCCCAUCAGCUCCCUCAGCAUGUGAACAGGACCAGCCUGUUUGAUUCUGAGCUGCAGCGCGGGAACGCUUCACUGCUGCUGAGGAGAGUCAGGGAGGAAGACGCUGGGAAAUACAAGUGCUCUGUUUCCACUCCCAGACUGUCCGGGUUGGGCCUGACUGAGGUAGUCGUGGUUCCGGCUCCACCCACAACAGCACCAGCUCAUGUGACAGUCCCGAGCUCUGACCGACACGCCUGGUGGGGUUUAGGAGCAGUUCUUCUUUGUGUGAUUGCAGGGCUCUGUGUCGGUCUGUGGCUCUAUAAAAAACACGCAGGUUGCUGCUGGAAGUCCAGCAAGGCUUCUAGUCCAGCACAGGCAGUGCCGUUAUCAGAUGUGAUCGAGGAGCCCAGUGAAGUCUGACUGCUCAAUUUAUCCAGUUUAAUACAAGCUCCACUUUGAAGUCACUUUGAAUUAGGAAACGUGAUCAGUGUUGAAGACAAAUUUUAAAAAUCACAUUGUUUCCGAGACAAUUGAACUAUAAUCUGUACUCUCAUUGUCUGUGCACAAUAUUGGAACAAUCCAGCAAAGAGAUACAGUAGUUUAUUCAACAUGACAUUAACCUCUUCAGCUCCAGGAUGCACAUCAAAGGAAAGAGCACUUGCAGUACCACGCCCUGCCUGCGCACGUCAAGGUUUGCCUUCUGUUCUCUGGAGUUUUUAUUUUCAAUCUGAUCUUUGUAUUCAUGCUCUGAGGCAGGGUUGUCCAUAUGUUUAAGUUGUAGCACGUUUGCGCUUUUGUUGUUUUUAAAUAUUGCAAUCUACUCAAACUGUUUGCUUUUAGCAUGCUUGCACACUCUCUGUGUUUCUGGAUACUGCACUACGCACUUUGUUUUGGAUUUGUUUAAAUUACUACUGCUUUGCACACAACACUGCCAUAGGAAGUGACUUGAAGUUUUGUGAUAGUCUGUGGGACAACACCGCUCAGCGCUGUGACAAGGUACCUGACUCUUUAAGAGCGUGUCAGUUUUUGUGUAGAGAAGGAGAGAGAAGGGUGUGGUUGCUGUGUGGGCUUGUUAGAAAAAGUAUUUUCAAUCUACUGCUUGGGGGGGGGGGACAACUC